AGGUCAUCAAAAAAUUCAGAUAUUUUUUUUUUGGUUUUAAAUCAUUUCAUUAGUUUCCAAUUUAUCAAAUCAGAAGAAGAUGACUAGCUCUAAUCCUCCAUCUCACAACAUCUUCGUCUACGGCAGCAUUCUAGAGCCUGCCGUAGCCGCCGUGAUCCUUGAUCGCACCGCCGUCACAGUCCCCGCCGUUCUUCAUAGCUAUCACAGAUAUAAACUCAAAGGACUUCCAUAUCCAUGUAUUGUUCCUUCUGAAUCGGGAAAAGUCAACGGAAAGGUAAUAACUGGAGUGUCGGAUGCUGAGUUAAAUAAUUUUGAUGUGAUUGAAGGUAAUGAUUAUGAGAGAGUAACAGUUGAAGUUGUAAGAAUGGAUAAUUCUGAGAAGAUGAAAGUUGAAACUUAUGUUUGGGUUAAUAAAGAUGAUCCUAGAAUGUAUGGAGAAUGGGAUUUCGAGGAAUGGAGAGUGAUUCACGCGGAGAAAUUCGUAGAGACAUUUAGAAAGUUGUUGGAAUGGAACAAGAAUCCAAAUGGGAAGAGCAUGGAAGAGGCUGUAGGACCAUUAUUAUCGUCGGGGGAUUGAUUCUUGAUGAGCUUGGCUAAUCUUGGCAGAAGAGAGUAAGUAAAAUAGUGGUUUUCGAAUAAUGUGUUUGUGUGUUGUUGAAACUUGAAACCGAGUCUCUUCUAUGUGAUUUUGUUUGUGUUGGUAUGGAUAUCUUGUUGGCACUUUUUCUGAUUUCUCAAAUCUUCAAUUGAGAAUCAUGAAAUCAGUUGGAAACGGUGCGUUUGCGGGCAAUAAUUUGGUUGGGAGUGGUUGUAA